AUGGGUCCCUCCUCUGCUGGCAGUUGGGAGCGAUGGGCCCUGGAGUGCCACCUGAUGUCCUUCCUCCUCCUCCUCCUCCUCUUCCUCCUCGCAGCCCAUUUCUUGCACCAGCAGAAGUGCAACUGCCACUUCUUCAACGGGACGCAGCAGGUGCGGUUCCUGUUCAGGUACAUCUACGACAGGCAGGAGACUGCCCGCUUUGACAGUAACGUUGGGAAGUUCGUGGCUGUCACCGAGUUCGGGCAGGGGGAUGUUGACCAGUGGAACCGCCGCCAGGACCUCCUGCAGUACGAGAGGGCCGCCAUGGAUCACUUCUGCCGAGAGGCCUACAGGGUGGCCAGCUACAGGGCAGACAAGACACGGCGUGUGAUUGGCCGGAGUACCAAGCCCACCGUCACCGUCUCCCCCGCCCAGACGGACCCCGGUUCCCCCAACACCAUCCUCCUCUGCACCGCGACCGGCUUCUACCCCCUGGAGAUCGACGUCCAGUGGCUGAAGAACGGGCGGCGGGAGAAGGAGGGCGUCGCCUUCGGGGAGGAGCUCCAGAACGGGGACUGGACCUAGCAGCUCCAGGUGCUGCGGGAGACCCAGCCCCAGCGUGGGGACGUCUACGCCUGC